AAAAAGAAGUCAGAGUCCACACACACACUGAAGCGAACAAACACUAAACUUUGAUUCAAAAUCGUCGUCCGAUCGAUCAUGCCGCCAGGUGCGAAGAAGAGAAAGGCGUUGAAGAAGAAGCAGCAGCAGGAAUCGACUGUAACGAACAUUAAUGGAUCCAAUGGCGAUAAUCGCCACGAUGACGGACAAGGAAGGCAAGAUGAUAGGGAAAGUGAUGAUAGCAGUUUAAGCUCCCCUGCUUCUCAAGGAAAUGGAGAGUUUGGUGGGACAAAGGAUCCAUCUGGUUUGGUCAAGGACACUGCUAAAGAGAUAUCAGAUCAUCCUACUCAGGGACUUGGAGGCAUUGCUAUUGCACUUCAAAGAGGAAUCAAUGACAAGAAAAACAUUGUGGACUUAGCUUCUCAGGAUGGUAAGGUGGCUGCUGGAACAAGCAGAAACGUAGAGAGUAUAAGAGAACCUCAAGCUCCAGUGUCCUCUGAGGAGAAGUUGCCUGAAAGUCCUGUGACGUAUGCAGCGUCUCUUGUUGCCUGGUCCACCAACUUCGUGGUUAAGUUGCUGCGGUUUGUUUGAUGCACUGACUGGAUCUGACAGUUAAAACACACAGACCAUCUCAUUAACAUGUUAUCUCUGCAUUAUGCUGCGGAAGAGCAGGAGUUAGAUAAAGUUGGACGUGCAUGACAGCCAAAGCUCAAAGACAACACAAAAAAAACAGGAUUCACGGUCUGUUCACUCUUCUCUGUACAUUGUCUUUGAUAGAUAAUAGUGUGGGCGGAUUUUAGCAACAUACGAACAAGACCAACAUCCUUAACAGGAAACAUUUGUUCAUUAAAUGGAUUGUAGAUUCAUGACUAAAUCUUAUCAUUGAUCAUCUCUAUAUAGUUCAUUAGUUAUCUGUCGAA